GUCAGGGUCGGGAUUCGGACAAAAAUCCCCCAAGGAAAGCGUUUGGCUUUCCGCGGAAAAAAAAAAAGCGAGCGAUAACUCGUCCCGAGUCGACUCGGUCCAACGGCGAUUUUGUCACUCCAUCUUCGCUCGCGGAUGUUACCUUUCAAUCUUUCAUCACCAGAGUAAAACCGAUCCUGUAGAUUCUCCACCUCCAGGCUCUUUUGCAUUUGGUAAAAGAUGAGUUUUGUUUUCCGGGGAAGUAGAGGAGAUUUAGAAAGCGGAUUCUCAGGAUUUAUGCCCGAGAGACGAGCUAUGCGUGUUCAUGGAGCUCGACCAGUGAAUUCUAAUUCCCUCGCUUUUCUGGUUACCGUUCUUUUGCUGUUUAUGAUUCUCAACUCGCAUCAGAUGCCUCCUAAUUUCCUGCUCUGGCUUGUGCUUGGGGUGUUUUUGAUGGCAACGACCCUUAGGAUGUAUGCGACUUGCCAACAACUUCAAGCUCAGGCUCAGGCUCAUGCUGCCGCAGCUAGUGACCUCUUCAGCCAUACUGAGCUCAGGUUGCAUGUGCCUCCUUCCAUUGCUCUUGCAACGAGAGGGCGUCUUCAAGGACUUAGGCUCCAACUGGCUCUUCUUGAUCGAGAGUUUGAUGACUUAGAUUAUGAAACAUUAAGGGCACUUGAUUCCGAUAAUGUUCCCACAAAUUCUAUGAACGAGGAAGAGAUAAAUGCACUCCCAGUACAUAAGUAUAAGGUGUUGGAUCCUGAAAAUGGUGGCUCUUUGGCAAAGCAGGCAUCAACCUCAUCCUCAGCAGAGAAGAAGCAAGAUGCUGGCAAUGGAAGUAAGAAAGGAACAGACGACGAGCUCACUUGUAGUGUUUGCCUAGAACAAGUUACCGUAGGGGAAGUUGUUCGCACUUUACCUUGCUUGCAUCAGUUUCAUGCAGUCUGUAUCGACCCAUGGCUUAGACAGCAAGGAACAUGUCCUGUCUGUAAAUUCAGAGCUCAUUCAGGAUGGCAAGAACAAGAUGGGAUUGAUGAUGAUGCUUCCGACAUGGUUUGAAAGUUCGGUUUUCGACACUUGUUAUAUUAUUAAUGUGUGUGAGAAUCGAAAUCAGCAGAAUUAGACCUCAAACAGAUCAUGUAAUGGUUGAUGAUGAUGAUGAGUUGUUAUAUGCAGUGCCACUUUGAUUUUGAAAAUCAAAGAAUUCUAAUGAGUCGGCACGU